CGUGAUUCUCUCAUCAAUGGUAAAGGGAGCAUAACAUAGAUCUCUGCUUGUAGAAAGCUACUGUAAAUACACAUAGAAUCAUAGAUAGAGAAUAAUGUCUGGGAAUUCUAGUUCCGAUAAUUCCGCACUUUCAGGAGGAGGAGGAGGAGCCGCGAAGAAUGAUGAAAAGAAGAAGAAUUGGUCUACGUCCCCUUCAACUCUUUUCAAUCACUUUGCCACAAGUGGUCUUUCCGUCGCAAUUGCUACAUCAAUUACUCAUCCUCUAGAUGUAUUGAAAGUGAGGCUACAAAUGCAACUUGUUGGUCAGAAAGGUCCUUUGAGUGGAAUGGGACAAUUAUUUUUAAGUGUGGUGAAAAAUGAAGGACCUAAGUCUUUGUAUCUGGGUUUGACACCUGCUUUAACAAGGUCAGUGGUUUAUGGAGGACUACGCUUGGGUUUGUAUGAACCUUCUAAGCAUGCGUGUGAUCUUGCUUUUGGCUCCUCCAAUGUUUUAGUUAAAAUUGCUUCGGGAAUGUUUGCUGGUGCUUUUGCAACUGCACUGACCAAUCCAAUGGAAGUUCUCAAGGUGCGUUUGCAAAUGAGUUCAGACAUGGGAAAGAGUGGACCAAUUGUAGAGCUUCGGAGGACUAUAUCUGAAGAGGGAAUCAAAGCUCUGUGGAAGGGGGUGGGCCCUGCCAUGGCCAGAGCAGCUGCCUUGACCGCAUCCCAGUUGGCUACUUAUGAUGAAACCAAGCAGAUUCUAGUCAAGUGGACAUCUCUCAGAGAAGGAUUUCAUCUACAUCUGAUCUCCAGCACAGUUGCAGGGAUACUGAGCACCCUCAUAACUGCUCCCGUGGAUAUGGUUAAAACACGUCUCAUGUUGCAACGAGAAUCCAAGGGUGGUAGAAUAUAUAAAAAUGGCUUUAACUGUGCAUACCAGGUCCUGCUUAAGGAGGGUCCAAGGGCACUUUACAAAGGGGGCUUUACAAUAUUUGCAAGAUUAGGACCACAAACCACAAUUACAUUUAUAUUAUGUGAGGAGCUAAGGAAACAUUCUGGCUUGGACGCAAUUUAGUGACAGGAGUCUCCACUGCUGACUAUACUGAUUCUUGACGUGCUGAAUAACUACUCUUUUUGCAUUCAAGCCGCGGUUGGGGAAUUCUUUUCGAUAGUUAAUAUCUACAUUCUACAUUGGUGAUUUGAGGUUUGUUCCCAGAGAGCCAACCAGAUCAUAUUUUUACUCACAAUUAUGCAGACCCUUUUAAGUGAUUAUUGUUUUGCUCCUUCUGAUACCACCACCAUUGUAUUAGUAUAAACAAAAGGAUGUUGAUUCUUUUGUUUCUAUCACCAUCACAUCACUGUAUUAUAGAGAAAAUAAUAUUGCUCAACCCCCAGAUUAAGAAGGGACUUCUCUCUCAAAUGUUGCAGUCUAGUUUCUUAUACUUUAGUUCUGCUGGUUCUAUAAUUUUGGUUGACGAGUUAUUUAAAUUGCGUGGGAUUUUGAAGAAA